AUGGAGGGGAUCGACGCCAAAGUAAUGUGUCAUUUCCUAAACGUCGACCCCACGUAUCCUCCCAAACGCCAAAAACGGCGACUAAUGAACCCUGAGAGGUACGAAGCGCUGAAGGAAGAGGUCGACAAGUUAAUCAACAAUGGAUUUAUCUGGGAGGCGCAUUAUCCACGUUGGGAAUCUAAUCAUGUCUUGGUAAUCAAACCCAACGGGAACUGGAGAACAUGCGUCGACUUCAGUGACCUCAACAAAGCAUGCCCAAAGGACGGCUUCCCACUCCCUCGAGUAGAUCAAAUGGUCGACGCCACGGCGGGGCACGAAAUGCUGAGCUUCAUGGACACUUACUCCAGAUACAAUCAAAUCCCCAUGCAUCCAGCCGACGAAGAGCACACAUCUUUCAUAACCGAUAGGGGUCUCUACUGCUACAAGGUGAUGCCUUUCGGCCUAAAGAAUGCAGGGGCUACUUACCAAAGGCUAGUAAAUAAAAUGUUCGCUCAACAGAUCGGCAAAAUGAUGGAGGUCUACGUCGACGACAUGCUCAUAAAAAGCGCCAGGGCCAGCCAUCAUGUCGAUCAUCUGAGAAAGAUGUUCAGCAUAUUGAGAAAAUACCGCAUGAAACUUAAUCCCCAGAAAUGUGCCUUCAGAGUCGGGUCGGGAAAGUUUCUCGAGUUUAUGGUCAGUUACCGCGGGAUUGAGGCCAACCCUGAGAAGAUCAAAGCUCUGCAAGAUAUGCGGUCACCAACAAGGCCAAAAGAGGUGCAAAGAUUGACAGGUUGUGUCACCGCCCUAAAUAGAUUCAUAUCGAAAGCCACUGACAAGUGUGUCCCCUUCUUCGACGCUUUGAAAGGAAACAAGCACUUCGAAUGGACACCACAGUGCGAGGAGGCCUUCCAAAAACUGAAGGAGCAUUUGGACAAACCUCCAAUUUUGUCAAAACCAAGCGCUGACGAAGACCUCAGCCUAUACCUCUCCGUGUCCCAACACGCCGUGAGCUCCGUACUAAUAAAGGAAGAAGGGAAGGUACAAUUGCCGAUCUACUAUGUGAGCAAAAGACUCCUCGACGCCGAGUCGAGAUACAACGAAAUGGAACGUCUAGCCCUCGCCUUGAUGAUAGCUUCGAGAAAGCUUUGGCACUACUUCCAAUCCCGCACAAUACGAGUUCUCACAAACCACCCGUUGAGACAGGCCUUACAAAAGCCGGAAACGUCCGGACGGCUCCUCAAAUGGUCGGUAGAACUGAGCCAGUUUGAUAUAAAAUACAUGCCGAGAACCGCUAUUAAAGGUCAAGCGCUCGCCGACUUUCUGGCUGAAUUCUCUCACAGGCCGACCUACACCCCAUCUGAAGAAAUUGAGGUUGCAAGAUGGAAGCUUUACGUGGAUGGGGCGUCGAGCGAAAACGGAUCAGGAGCCAGCGUCUUACUAAUCAGCCCCGAAGGCCACAAGAUUACCUCGGCGGUACGGUUCAAAUUUAAAGCAUCAAAUAAUGAGGCGGAAUAUGAAGCCCUAAUUGCCGGACUACGUUUAGCGAACCACUUAAAGGUCGAGAGAAUCAGCGUCUACAGCGACUCCCAGCUAGUCGUCGCGCAAAUAAAGGAGGAAUAUCAAUUGCCGAAUAGCAAAAACGAGGCCCGACGGAUUAGGUAUAGAGCCGCCAGGUACUUAUUAUAUGAUGGCAUGCUCUACCGACGAGGCUACUCUACACCUCUACAAUGGUGCCUAGAUGACGCCGAAGCCCAGAAGGUCCUCCAAGAAAUACAUGAAGGGAUCUGUGGCAAUCAUUCCGGGGGACAAUCUUUAGCGAUAAAGGUUUUGAGGCAAGGAUACUACUGGCCCACGCUAAAAAAGGAUACUUUCCAGUACGCCCGACGAUGCGAUAAAUGCCAAAGGUAUGCCACGAUUCCUAGGGCACCCCCGGAAAAGCUAACUUCCAUUCUCAGUCCAUGGCCCUUCGCCAAGUGGGGGAUUGACCUGAUCGGGCCAUUGCAUCCUGCACCUGGGGGGUUGAAAUUUGCGAUCGUUGCGGUAGACUAUUACACAAAGUGGGCAGAGACCAAGGCCCUAACCACUACCACGGAAGCAACCUGCACCAAAUUCAUGUGGGACCACAUCGUGUACAGGUUUGGGGUUCCCCACUCGAUAGUGUCCGACAGCGGGAAGCAGUUCGACAACGCCGCGACACGCAGAUUUUGUGACGGUUUGGGCAUCCGAAAAGACUUCUCGGCACCAAUCCAUCCACAGUCAAAUGGGCAAGUCGAGGCCAUCAAUAAAAUACUCAAAUAUACCCUAAAGAAGAGACUCGAUGACCUAAAAGAGAGAUGGGCCGAGGAGCUUCCCAAAGUUUUGUGGGCAUAUAGAAUAACAAGCCGAACUACGACAGGAGAAACACCUUUCUCCAUGGCGUAUGGCAUCGAGGCGGUACUUCCCAUAGAAAUCGAAACGCCGACCCUAAGAACUGUUGUCCACAACGACGAGGAUAACACGGAGGGCAUGAAUGGAGAACUCAAUUUAUUGGAAGAAAAGCGACUCGACUCCCAACUACGUCUCGCCGCUUAUCAGCAACGGACAUCGCGAUACUACAAUAAGAAAGUCCGGCAAAGGAGGUUCAUCCCGGGAGACCUAGUAUUAAAAAGGGUGACACAAAGCACAAAACCCAAGAAUACUGGUCCCUUGGGCCCAACUUGGGAAGGACCCUAUCGCAUAAGGAAAAUGCUACGACUUGGCACCUACGUAUUAGAAAACCUCGACGGCAAAAAGGUUCAACACCCAUGGAAUGCUGAGCAACUAAGGUUGUACUACCAAUAA